AUAAUACAGCGUCGAUACCGGAAGAGAAAUGUAUCCUGCUGGAGCCUAAGCAGCUAGGUGUUGUUUUCAAAUGUGAUGUUUUUUUAUGUUGAUAACAUUUUUAGCUGAUUUAACAAACCAAAAGAGAGAAUAGACACAUCGGUUAUCACUUUGAUGGGUAUACUUUGAAGUAAAAAAAGGGGCAUCUGGUUAAUUUUAGCUAGCCCAACUCUUGUCAGCCGCUGCACCACUGUUGUCGGUGAUCAGGAUCAAUGCCUCAGGAAGGAGAGCAGCCUCUUCCCCUAGUUCGAUCUGUGAACAGCGCCAUUCCUCGUAAUGUUGUUUUCUGUAACCGCACCAGUCGCGUUGUCCGGCCGCUGUGGAUAGAUUACCGGGGAGAGCCACAACCUUACGAUGACCUACAGCCAGGAUCUGGACGAAGAAUGAUCACAUAUGUCGGGCACCCUUGGAUCUUCAGAGAUGCAGGGACAGAUGAACCUUUAAAAGUGAACCACAAAGAGCUAUUUGUUCCCAAACCAUCAGAUGAAGACGAGCUUUAUGUUAAUAUCACUUUACAAGUUGACAGCCUGAAGGAUCGAGCUCUUCAUGCCGUGCGGCGUCUGGUGCGACCAGAGGACUACAGGAGGCUGGAAAUCGCCCGAUGCCUUCAAGAGGAGCUGGAAAAUCAACCCAGCCACCUGAAAGACCUCCAGCGCCUUAAUCGGCGGGUUGAGCAGCAACUGCUGGAAAACAUUCGACGGCGUGAGGGGGCAGAAAGCCAGGAAACUGGAUGAGUGUUUGCUACAUAUGGGCAUCAGUGCUGCAGUGUCCUCUCUAGGACUCUAAAGACUGUUUGGAUGAGUCACCGCUGUUGAUUUCCUGUAAAGGAGACAUGCUGAGAUUUUCUGUAUUGUCAUUUUCACUCCUCAGGUUUAUCAGAAAUGUGUCCCUAAGCUAAGGAGUCCGUUUGGCCGUCUAACAAAGAGUGUUUUUCAUUAAUAACGCUGUAAUGAGAUCAUUUCAGGUAGGGAAUUUAAACAUUUUUUGAAAUGACAGCAAAAUAUGUACAUUUUUAAUUCCCAUGAGCAGCUUUGGUCAUUAUUACCUUUACUCUCAGAAUAAUCCAUAGAUUGAGAGUUUUGUUAAACAUUUUCUCUAGCUGCUAACGUUUUGCCUAAGAAGGCUAAUUAAAUUCCUAUAGAGGUACAGGAGCAUGCCAAGAAAUGGGAACUUUUCUUUAUCUGAUUGUUAUUUGUUUUUCACCUGUUGCCUAGUCUUAAAUGUGCAAACAGCUGUUCUAGCUGAAUCAUUUCCACAAGUUAUUUUUUGACUAUUAAUAAAUGAUAUA